AUGAUUACUAAUUUGGACGAUAGAGCAAUCUAUCAGGCAACUAAGCACAUUUUCGCGGAAGAUAAAGCUAAAAUCAGAAAUCUUGCGCCUGUAAAAAGAUGGAUUAAUUGUCAUUUACUUACAGGAAGUCCGGUGCAGCAAAUUGUGACUCAAUAUGGCGACGAAGCCGUAUAUCACUCGGUCAUGCAGCUCCUAUCGGAUAAAGUGUAUGAGUCUACCUCCAUCGCUAGUCAACGUUUUCCCGAUUUGUUCGAGUCUUCCACGGCCCAGACUACAGCCAGAUCCCAGCUCGAGGAGGAAGCCACCAGGAGCGAACAGGCGACGCUGGAUGACAUUACCCAGACCCACCAAGAUGACAGUCAGGAUGCCUUUAACUCAGCAGAAACCACAGCGGCAGUAUAUGACGCUAGUGACAGCACUGUGUCCAGUGAAGUUGGCAUCUCAUCGUUGUUUCCAGUCCAUCUGCCGUUUCCUAUACAGCAUCUGCUUAUGGAGAAACUACAAAAGAUUCUGGAACUUGCCUGUUACCGGUAUGGAGUUAGAAAACUCCCAAGUAUCAUGCAAAAACGGGGCUGGGAUUGUCCGGAAUCGGUAGAACUCAGUAAAUGGGCGGAGCUCCUCGGACGUGAGGGAAACCUGGAACGGCAAGGAGACGGCAAGCCCUUGGCAGAAUUGCUACCUUCGAUUGCACAAAUUAGACAUACAGCUGUUCAUCGACUGCGUACCAACUCAACAGGACUAGAGAGGUUUCUUGCCGAUGCAGAAGACCUCGCUGCAGUUCUGGGAGAUAACAUCUACACGAAGGCCAUAUCGCAGCUACGUUUGGAUGCUCGAUCAACACUUGCAGAGCUUACUCGGAACAAAGAAUUUAUCCAGCUACAACUAGAAAAGGCCCAGGAAGAAAUAGCCAAGCAGCGCGCCGAACUCGAUCAGGAGGAACGGGAGAAUCUGCGCCAAAUGGAACGAGAAGAUGAAAAGUAUCGCGCUCUGGCGGGCGAAAGGCUGGAAAAGGCUCUCCAUGUGCUGGGAGGCCUGAAGGUAGCAUCAAAGAAUGAGAAUACGGUGCCGAAUGGUAUGGACGGCGACGAGGCCAUCCCUAUUUCUGGUGAUGACAGCGAAUUUGAUCACGUAGAGCAAUUCGAAGACUGCAGUGAGACAUGA